AUGCAAAGGAUCAGAGAGUUUUCGAACAAGGCGUUUGGAAUUACAACCUUUUUGGCUGCUAUUCACUCUCCUAACACCGCGAGAGGUCCCGUUCAUUUUCGCGCUCCAAUCAAACCCAACUGGUUUGAUGUGCAGGCACUCAUUACGGGCUCCUUUGACAGGAUGUUGGCCAGAUCCUUAUCUCGAAUGGCCGUCCUCUCACGGCGUGGGUUGGCCGCAGCAGCUGCUCAGCAGAAGAAUCCGGAGGAACUUCGGCUAACCUUCGCCUCUCCUGAUACA